AUGGGCGACAAUGUGGCGGCAACUCCCGCGCGGGAAGCGGAGGCAGACCCGGGCUACACUCCUACAGAAAUACCGCUUCCCCUUACAUGGGCAAAGACCAACCCUCUUAGUGCUCUCCAUUUUGAACGCGUCGAUGAUCUGCCGGAGUUUCCUGUCAGUCAUGAACAUGGCCAUGCAUACGUUGUCAAGGCUGGCGCGCGCUCUCGGGAGGAGCUGGUGCAGAUGAUUCACAGUGUUCAAUAUGCAUGGUCUCAGCAGAAUGGAAGGAAGGAACAAGUUUAUUCGACAUAUCUCAACUGCCAUGCCAGAAAGUGGACCUGGAAAUGCUCGGGGAUUUACUGCUGUGAAUUUCUGGACCAGAAGAUUCGAUCUUAUCAUCAUACUUCUGUUGAUGACAGCAUCUGGCAGGAGAUGGAGAGACAUCAGGGCCCUGAUAAGCUGUUAGGGAAUGAUCUGGGUAAGCGGAACGCAUACAACUAUUAUCGCUCCAAGGCUACGCUCUUCAAAAUGAACCAUGCUUGUAUUGAUCAACUUUUUGAUUGCAAGCCUGUUUUCAAGCGCUUGACACCCAUGGGGGUUGAUGGCGUCGCCGCUCCAUAUAUCGGCUGCAGUAAUGACACAGGGGAUCUCUUAUCAAAGCAUCACCGUGCGGCAGGUCUUGACUCUACAACUAUGGAUCUUGAGUUGUUGGAAGAGCUUUUUAAUAAGGAUCUUCUGCCGCCCGAUGAAGUGUGGUGCGAUGGAGCCGGUAUCUUGUCGCAGGAAAUACUGCCGCCUAUCCCUAAGGGAAGCUAUGAUGUGGCAGUCCAGAAGAAAGACCGCGGCCUAAGUACCAAACAAUUCCUUGAGUCUCCCCAGCUUGCGGAAUUUUGCGGGCAGCAUAACGCCUCUUCUCUAGCUGAGAUCCACCCCAGUUUUCGUAACACAAAAGUGAUUGAUAACCUCAUUCGGAAAGAGCGGUUGAAGUCUCGGCAAACCGAGGACGAUAUCAAUGGUUUAGUUCGAUUGAAAGAGACCGAUGGGGGUUUCAACGAGUAUAUUCAAGAGCAUUACAAGGAUGGGGGCCAUACCAUGGUGCUCUGUGCUUAUAACGAUCAACUCAAAGUAUUAUCGCAGAUGUUAUCAUUCCACAUUGACACGUCGGUAAAGCGUGUCCGCUCACAGAAUGUGAAUGAGAUUCUCUUUACGACCUUUCUUCCAGAACAGCAUCAAGUGAUUACUUUCCUCCGUGUGUUCAGCAGUUCCGAUUCGGUCGACAGCUACUUUGUUCUAUUCGAACGGGCCUUUGCUCUUCUUGCAAGGGUUUCGGGUACCCCCGUCCAUUUCCGCCAUCACCAUGGUUUUGGAUUCUCCGAUAUAGUUAUUGAGGUGACAACGCUUUACUCAGCCCUUGGCAUGUACCUUUCGGCCAUCGACCCUGAGAAUCGUGACGUAUUAUGGAACCUAGCAUCGGCUUGCUCAAAGAUGAGUCCUGAUAAUCUGGCUACCCUCAAACAGCGAAAGGCCGCCGCUGGCCAGCCGUCGUCCCAGAGCUUUAGCCCUGGCCCUGGCCGUGGCCGUUCUGGUGCUCGAGAGAAAUACUCAUCCCUUGUAGAAUUAAUCCAGAAAUAUGCGAAACCCGACAAGGACGAUAUUAUCGAGUAUAAAUGUUUCCUGCAAGCCAUCCUGCAUCGCCCGAAUCCAAAUGCAGCUAUUGAGUAUUACCGCCGCCUUGAACGUGAGGAGGGGAGUCGAAAGCGUCCAAGGUUGGAUUCAUCUCUCUCGGCGUCAACUUCUAGUGAAGUGGAGAUACUGGAUAUAUCACCUUCGCCCUUUAGGCAAUGUUCUCGGGACCCCAAUGAGCAGGGUGUUCAGGUCUCCGACGAGCAGUCGUUAGAUCUGAGUAACGGUGAUAAUAUGGAUGCUAUGCCAUCAAUCGAACCUCCUGAACCUAUUGUUCCAGAUGAUACACCCUCGUAUGAAGAAAAACGCAGGGAGCUCGAAUCCCAGAAAGCCAUGGCUGAAUUUGAGGUACAGUUGGCCCAGGCUAUGAUACGGGAAAUGGACGCCAAAAUAAGGUUGCUUGAGCUGAAAGAGGAAGCAAAGGAGCUUGACCUGAUCGAGCAAAGACAGGGGCUCGCUACGUCUCUGGGAGCCCUUAGCAAUGCCAAUAUUAAUAGAUGGUAG